AUGGCAAAGGGAGGCUUUACUGUGGAUUGGUUGGAGAAGAAGCUUGAGGAAGUCAAGGAAAAUAAGAAGAAAGUGGACACUGGUAAGGCUCGGCUGCAACAAAUGGAGCAAGAGUUGCAGAAACUCAAUCAGAAAUGUUUAGACCUGAAGGCUCUCAUGGAGAAGGAGGAUGCAGAUGUGUCGGCUUCAAAUGUUGCUUUCUCGUUCGAUGAUGUUGUUUGA